UCAAAGUAGUGUCCUUUAGAUACUUACGAAUCGGUUCUAAAUUUAAAUCAUCGUGAACACUGACAUUCCUCACGUACUAUGGUGCUCCGACGGCUAUCCUGCAAAACGGGAUUGGAUGACCUGGAGAAAGCUUAUGUGCAUGCGGACCGCGUGAUCGAAUACUACACUUGCAUAGGUCAUGACGGAACGUUUGCAAGUUUUGUCGAGUGUCCCUUGCUACGAAGAACAAUUUAGUUCGCCUGCGAAUUAUCGCAUAAAAGGAUGAUAUUAAGUCUGCCGCUAUGCAAAAAAUAAAGCUCAAUACCCGGUUUGAUGAGCACGCUGUAUAGAACAAAUGCAAAAUUACUUUACGUAAUAAUAUGAAAUGAACAUUAAGUGGAUGCAUACAAGAUUUACACAACUGUCUCAGAAGAAUAACAUAACUCGUAUUACGCACGUCAUGUAAAGCAAAUUCAUUUAGAGCAGACAUCGCUCGACCAGGUUGUUAACUAGGUGUCAAAUCAGUAAUAGUCAUCGUGCGAAAAUGUGCCAUAUAAGACGAUGGAAAUCGCCGUUUUUAAAACAGUGUUUUGUGGUCUCCAGUGUAACUAUUAAUAUGAUUUCGUAUGGUUUCGCAUUUGGAUUUAACGCUUCUUUAAUCACAUCAUUAAGGAAGACAAAUGAGAUCCCACUGAAUAGAGACUCGGAGUCGUGGUUGGCAUCAGUCCUCGGAUUAUUCAUAUUCAUUGGAUCUAUUAUCACCUGUAUUAUCAUGAAAUACAUCGGUCGAAGAUUUUCUUUCUUACUCAGCUCUAUUAUAAUAAUAUGCUCAUGGAUUUUAUUUACAUUAUCUUCAUCUUUCCUUGAAUUAUUAAUCGCAAAAAUCCUACAAGGUAUAACGGUUGGCUUGGGCAGCUUAGGAUCCAAUUUGAUCGGGGAAUAUUCCAGUCCAAAAUAUAGAGCCUCUUUCAUAGCAACUAUACCGACUGGUUUGUUAUUCGGUGAAUUGCUGAUUCAUUGCCUUGGAUUGAUUUGCGAGUGGCGUGACGUGGCUUUAGUGAUUGCCUUUCUCUCUUUACCGGGAUUAAUAGCAAGCGUAUUUUCUCCUGAAUCACCAAGCUUCCUGGUAACUAAAGGACGAUACGAUGAAUGCAGGAAGGUGUUUCGCUGGUUGAGAGGAACGGACGAGGACACCGAACUCGAAGCUAUGAUUCAAACUGAUAAAAUUAUUAAAGAAACAACAAAAAAUGAUCACAAACAAAGUUUAAUAAAACUUUUUAAAGCUAAACUACUAUACGUCUUGACUGUUUUCAGAAAACGUGAAUUUCGUAUUCCAAUGAUCAUCAUGAUGCACUUGAAUCUUAUAAACCAAUUCUGCGGUACUUUCGUUAACGACAUGUACACCGUUGACAUACACACGGCCAUGUACGGCACCGAUGCUUACAUGUUUCAAACGGCUGCAUCUUUGGAUGUCCAAAGACUUGUGUCGACUAUGCUAACGAUAUACGUGUCUUCUAAAGUACGAAGACGUCCACUCUUGUUAGCCUUGGUGGGAUUAAAUGUAUUGGCGUAUCUAUUGAUAGCCGGUUACAUAUACGGUAGACGAAACAAAAUUCUCCCUUUCGACCAUAUGGCUAUAGGCAUUAUAUUGCAUCAUUUUCAUUUCUUCAGCAUCGGAACUGGCUCCUUUCCAUUGGUAUUCAUAAUUAGUGGUGAAAUAUACCCUCUAACUGAUAAAGGGUAUUGUGUGUUGUUUUGCAGUAUCCUUUAUUCGAUAUACAUGUUUACGAAUAUCAAAACCGCACCAUAUCUAUUCUCUCUAAUAGGUAUAGAGGGUGCAUUUUGUGUUUAUGCUAUAUUACUGUUUUAUUGUCUUGCUGUGACAUUAUAUCUAUUACCGGAGACCAAAGAUAAGACCCUUCAAGAGAUCGAGAAUGAAUUUAGAGGUUAUGCUAUAAAUCACGAAACUGUCAAAUUGAAUGCUUAGCUGUAGAGGAUAUACCGGUGUACUUUUCAAGUUAUUAUCAAUAGCUUUCGGACUACUGAAUUAUAUUAGAUAGACUGAUAGUAUGACAUUACCAAUAGAUAAUAAAAUAUGAACGCUUUGAUAAAAGACGAGAGUGUUGAUAAUAAAUAAUUAAAGACGUUACAUCACCAAGAGAGAGACAAACGUGCGAAAAAAAGAGAGGGAGAGAGAUAAGAGUUUUAGUCUGAAUUAAAAAUCUAAUCAACUAGAGUUCUUGAAAAUGCACCAAAAAUAAACACAAAUACCUUACUGCUUGAGCGGAGAUAAUCUACGUUUGAGGUUACAGAUGGCUUAUUGGAGAUUCUUGAAGGUCAGUAUUCAGGUCGAUGAUGGUGAAAUGUCAUCUUAAAUGAAAGGUAGCUUAAUACAAGCGACGAAAAGGGAUCGACUGCAACGGUCGCGAGCUGUCGAAAAUUCUACCUGUUAUGACUGACUUGUCAUGUUCUUUUUAAAGAAUGAAUUUCAGAUUUGAUUGAUGCAUCCACACUCAAAGCGCUGAUGAUCUGUCUUAGCUCAAUCGCGAUAGCACUGCCAGAAUUACUUGAACUUGAAAAACACUUAACUUGUUUUUCUGAUUAGGGUCAAUGGUAUAAAUAAUAGUUUAAAAAAACUAAUAAAAUACGCUUUUAUAGAAAAUCCAACUA